AAAAGUCAAGCGUUUCUGUGACAUCGAUCAAUACUUUUGAUCUGUCAUGUUUUUACAUGAAUUUUUCUGUAAACAUUAGAGAAAUUCUGAUAAUUUCUACCAAAACUAAAGAAAUUGCAAACGAUUUAAUAUGUUUUCCAACUUCAACUUCUGAAAUGGACAAGCAGCAGUUGUAAAUCGGUCCUCAGGUCGCAGUUGUCAAGAACGCCAUACCAAUUUCAUUGAGUUUAAAGAAUAACGAUCAGAUUACUUUAAAAAAAAGGAAAGAUGUCGGGAAUUCGAGAUAGAAUUCGAAAGAAAAAGAAGGACAAAUUAUUAGAAGAUGGUGAAGAAGAAGAUGGCAUAUCCAAUCCUACAAUGGAAGAAGAUAUUAUGGAUUAUACACAGCCGAGUGGUACAGACUCUUCACCAGAGAUGGAAGCAGCCGAGGCUGAUGCUCUUGUUAAAACAUUGAAGACUAAGAGAAGGAAGAAGAAAAAGGAGUUAGCUGAAGAAGUUAUCUCACCUAAAGAUGAUCUUGCCCGUGAGUUGAAAGAAGCCAAGAAGAAGAGUAAAGCCAAAGUUGAUGAAUCUGUCCGUCAGGAGCUAGAAGACACAGCUGUCUCAGAGGUUGCUGAUGAUGGUACCCUGCCCAUGCCUGAUGAGGAAGAGGGUGAGGCAGGAGUGUCAGGGGAACCAGCAUCACCUAAAUCUGAGGCAGAGAGUGAAAGCAGAAUAAAGAAAUUGAGGAGAAAAAGUGAACAAGUGGAAGAAACCCCAAUUGAGCCUCCCCCUGAGACUGAAGAGGCCCCGCCUACUGAGGUUCCAAAAGAUGAGGAAGAGAAAGCACCAUCACCACGACCUCCUUCACCUGCUGAUACUGAAGCAGAAACUGACAGGAAAACCCCCAGAAUGGCCUCAAUGAGAGCAAAAAUGAAAGAAAGAUUAGCUAAAGCAAAGGAAGAAGCAAUGACAGAAGUGAAGGAAGAAGCCAAGGAGAGUAGGAGAGAGCGAAGGUUACAGAGAGAUAAAACACAGAAAACACGCUUUGAUACAGAUCAACCAAGAUCAAAGUUUGACGAGAUGGACUUAGAGGAACUGGAGAGAAUGACAGAAGAAAAAAGAAAACUGAGGGAAGAAAGGAAGAAGAAACUAGCAGCUACAAGAAAAGAGGGUAUUUAUAUGCCGUCUGCGGAGGAAGCAUUUGAUUUCUUUACUCGAGUGUGGGAACCAGAACCUAAAGAUGAAGAAGAGGAGGAACCAGUGGAAAAAGCUGAAACUGAAAAGAAAGAAAAAGAGGAGGGUGAAGAACCUAAAGAAGGUGAAGAACCUAAAGAAGGAGAAGAGCCCAAAGAAGGAGAAGAGGGUGAAGGUGAACCAAAACCUGGUAAAUCUGAAGAUGAACAGCCAUUGAUUCCACAAGAUGAGGAGGAAGAUAUUGGGUACGCUCUCACUGUAAUGUCUAAAGCUGAAUACCCUGACCCAGAUGAGGUGGUUCGAAAAGAAGAUUUGAUCUAUUUCUAUCCAUCUAGUGCAGAAAUUCCGGCAACAGAUAAAGUUGCGAAGGAGAUGGAAGUGAGGCGUUUGGAGGAAGAAGGAUUCUACGUCGGUACCCGGCCUUCAACCUCAGGCUGGAACCAAAACAGAAUGGAACACAGGCUUCUAAAAGAGGGUGAAAAGGGACAUGAAUCAGCUAAGAAAUGGUUUGGUGAGGAUGGUAAACUGCUGGCAUUACCAGAUCCAUUAAAGGUUAUGCCCUCUAGACCUCCAGUAACAGAAGAGGUGGAACCAUAUCUACAGACUGUCUAUAAGAAGGCAAUAAUGAGAGAGUUUGACAACCGAUAUAUAGACGGUACGACAGAGGGCGGAGGACAGUAUCAACUUGAUGUUGAUAUUAACCAGAUAUGUUUCUCCCACCAUCAUUUAUACAGUAGAGAACAUGUCCUUGCACAGAAACUCACUCAGAUGUAUCAACAGUAUGUCAUACGACAAAAGAAAAAUAUGACAGAGUAUUUGGGUCAGAAGCUGAGGGCAUUAAAGGAUUCUGCAUUACAUCUACAAGAUCAUAUAGCAGCUCAUAGGAGUGAACAUACCCUGACUGACAGAUCUAACUAUGAAAGAAGACUUCAAGAAUACAAGACAGAAAUCAGACAGGCAAGAUUACAGCGUGAUAGAGAAGAGAAGUCGGACAGGAAUUUAUUAAAGAAUAUCAUACAUACAUGGAAGGAAAUUAGAGCCCAGAGAGACCUUCAGAGAUUCACUAACACACCUGUCAAACUGCAGAUAAGAAAACAAGAGGUGGACAAGACACAGGAUCAGGCUGUGUGGAAACUAGAACUUGAGGAAGAGGUGGAAGAAUUAAGAGAUGAGCAUGAGAGAGAUUACAAACAUAAAAUGUUAUCUUAUGAGGAGGACAUUACCAAAUAUCAAAAACAACAGCAAGCCAAGAAAGAUGCUGAGAAGAGGUUAAGGAAAUUAAGAGGUAGAAAGGGAUCAAGGCAAAGUAGUGCCAGUGCCCUAUCGGGUGGGUCAGGACUAGAGGACUACAAUGAGGAAGCUCAGAGAAAAGACCAGGAAACUUUAGACGAGGCCGACCUAACUCAACCGGAACUUCCGGAACAAUUUGAUGAAAAUACUGUCAGAGAAAAGGUGAAGGCAAAGGCAUUAGAGAGUAGACGGAGACCUGGUGAACCCAAACUAGAUCUUGAAUUAUCUAACACUGCUUCAAUAACACCAACAACAGAAUGUCCCAGUGGAGAACAGAGGAGAAGGGAUGAUGUAUCUAAAUGUAAAGUGUUUGUGAAAAUUUUGUUCAACAAUAAAGAAGUGUCAAGGACUAAUUCCAAACCUUUGACCCAGGAUUUCAAGGUGAAUUAUGGUCAAAUUUACAAUAUGAAGAUUCUACAAUGGCCAGAAAGUAUAGCUUUUCAGGUGUAUGAAACUGUAGGUUUAAGCAGUAGUCUGAUGGCAGAGUUAUGUGCCCCUAUACCAGACACGAGCGUCACUUCACUAUCAGUACAAUUAGAGGAUCUAGAGUUCAGCAGUGAUCACAGAAUUAAUCACAGUCAUGAAGGAGUUGGCAGCGGUUUGCCGUUUACAUUUGGGAAAGGAGGUGAGGAGUUAUUGACCUUGAUGACAACUGGUGUGCUAACGUUUAGUAUAGCUUGGGCAGUGGAUGAACAUGGCCGUGCCCUCGUACCUGCUGCUGCCACAUCAAAUAUUACCAGCAUGUUUAAUCACAUGAAGAAGAUGGAUCCUCUUGCAGCAAUUGGGGCAACAGGUGUGAUGGAUUUAAAGAAACUUGCUGAAUGGUUUCAUAAUUCGAGACUUGACCCAAAUGAUCCCAGCAACGCUGAUAUCGUUUAUAUUCUUAGGGGUAAAUCAGGGGACUCGGCAUUACUAUCACCGACUGAAUAUUUCCGGUUAGAGCAGCUGAUGGAAGAGUUUGACUUUGUCACAUAUGAUGAACUUGUAAUGAAUAGAAGGUUUCAGUUGCUACAGUUACGAGAUGAAGAAGUUCAAGAGUUUAGAAAUUAUAAGAUGGUGCCAGCAUAUGAUCGAGAAAUACCUAGAGAUACUUUUACAGAUUAUGAAAGAAAGAAAAGAGAAGAGCAGAAGUUACGUCAGAUGGAAGAUAUAGAAUCUCACAGAGCUGCUGUAAAAAGGUUCCGACAGAGGAUCCGGGAACAAGUUAUGCGAAGGUUUAGAGUUCAAUCUCACAUGAAGAGAUGGGAAGACAUGGUGUAUGAGGAAGCUGUACCAAACAUUGCAAUUUUGGGAGGUAAUUUAUUAAAGGUGUUUGAGCGUAAAGCUCCACUGAAGCCAAGACGUAGAGAACGUAAGAAGGUGACAGCACAGAAUAUCAAGGGUGAUGAGGUGAAGAUAUUGGUGAACAUAAGUCGUGCACAGAAUGUUCCCAUCAGAAUGGCUGCGUCUGCUGCAGGAAUGACCUAUGGUGGGGUACAAGCCUAUCUCAAUGCCUUAGAUUUCUGGUCAGGUGCCAUGACAACUCGGGAACCAGACAGGAGAAGAACAGAGGAGGUUAUUGAAGGUACAACAGUUCGGCCAUUUAUUGAAGUAAUGUUCCAGCAUAAUUCAAUAAAGACCUCAGUGGGCGACGGACCUAAUCCAAGUUUUAAUGAAGAAUUAGUGAUACCAUUUAAAGCACCAAAUGAUGAUUUUAGUCCAAGUAACCUACAAACACUUGGUGACAGUAUAUUCUUGAAUCUGUUUGAUGAAGUGGUUGUCGAUAUUCAACAGGAUGACAGGGAAAGAGGAAGUUCUGUACAUCAGAGAAUAGAGAAAAAAUGGCUUGGUAGUCUAAAAAUUCCAUUUACUACUGUUUAUUUUAAUGGAAAGAUUGAUGGUACAUUCCGUGUAAAUGCUCCGCCUGUAUUGCUGGGUUAUGUACCAGAGUCUCUACACAUGGGCGAGAUGGAUGUCGGGUUGAGCAAAGAUGUUAAAACAUUACUCAGCAUGUUUAUAACAAUUGAACCACCACUGACUCAGCCAGAACCUGCUAAAGAAAGGUUUACAACAAAUGAGGAAGAGAAGUUGAUGGUCUAUGCUGAUGAAUGGCAGGAAAGAAUCUCCAACUUAUUUACACCUAAACGUGAAGUGAAAACAUUUGUUACAGACACUAACUUCAAAUCUGUGUUUAUAACACGGUAUUUUAAAGCUAUCAAACCACCAGAGGAAUUAACGGAUAAAGGUCUAUCAUUGGAAGCUACAUCUGAACUUGUGGCCAGAUAUGUGUCACUUAUUCCAUUUGUGUCGGAUUCUAUGAUAUUUCCAGGUCUCUGUGAUAUAUGGAACACAUGUGAUCAAUUUCUACAAAUGCUGUCAGGGGACGAAGAGGAGCAUGCUAUUUUACUGGUCAAUUUCUUCCUGUCAAUAGGAAAGAAGGCGUGGCUUAUCUGUGGUUCUGCUAUUCCAGAAGGCCCCACAGCCUAUGUGCUGACAGAGGAAGACAACGGCAAUUUUUGGAUUUGGAACCCAAGCAGUGGGGAUCAUUUUCGCACUCAGGACACUACCAGCCCACUUCAGAAAAUAGGAUGCAUUGUCAAUCAUGAAAAUAUUUGGGCAAACAUUCAAGUGUAUGACAAACCAUCUCAGAUCAUGUAUAACUUUGCUGAUGCCUCCCAGUGGGAGCCAUUGUUUACCAAGAGGAACCCGGCCCCUGGUCUUGGUAGUAUUCAGCCUGAUGCAUUAUACUACUUCCCAACAGACAAGGAUUAUGUAGUAGAGUUACAGGAGAAGAUACAGUCAACACUGAAGAACAAGAUCAUGGACUGGAGGAGUCGCUACAUUACACGCUGGAACAGACACUGUACCCAAGUGAUGAGAAAAAUGCUUCCAUUGCUAGAGGAGAACUGUGGGAAGUCUGUAGGUGAGCAACAUAUACAUGAGCUAGAGCAGUCGUUCAGUUCAUACAAGGUUUCUGGAUUCCCCAUCAACAUGCCUUUCACAGAGAUCGAACCAAUAAUCGAGACUGUCUACGCAACUGGUGUACAUUCCCAGGAGUCGAGCGAUGUUGAGUAUGCACUGGCAGUGUAUGUCCAUCCAUAUCCUAAUUCUGUGCUCUCUGUCUGGGUGUAUGUAGCGUCGUUGAUGAGGCUGAGAUAAUUAGUGGACUAGGUUUUAAUUUAGAUAACUGACAGACUAGAUUAUCUGUGUUUGAAAUAGGUUUGCCAAAUCAUGGAGGAUGUCACCAUAUGGCCUAAUUGCUGUAAAUCAAUUCUUUAAGUUAAAUGUGAAAAAUUUCACUUAUGAAUAAACUUUAUGUAAAUUUUAAAAAAAAUGCAUCUGACAGUGUAUAUGUGAU